AUGGACAUGACAGACCCAUUUCGACAGUACCUUUGUGGUGUGGGCGACAGGAAGUGCGAGUACGCUUCGGAUGACGUCCUUCUUUUCUGGAAACCUCCGUCUGUGUUCUCGCAAUGGACUCCUUCGGCUUUUGACGUACUGGGGGUACGUUAUUCAUGUGGUGGUCAAUUCAUGAUGUCUGAAAAAGCGAAGUUGUUUGGAGAUAUGACGUCGUAUGACAAAAUUAUGGCUGCAACAGAUCCUACGACACACAAGUUUUUGGGUCGAAAUGUGCGUCCUUUCGACUAUGCUGAAUGGAAGCGUCGUCGUGAAGAGAUCGUGCUUACGGGGUCAUACGCCAAAUUUGCUCAAAACCAUGACAUGAUNUUCAUGAUGUCUGAAAAAGCGAAGUUGUUUGGAGAUUUGACGUCGUAUGAAAAAAUUAUGGCUGCAACAGAUCCUACGACACACAAGUUUUCGGGUCGAAAUGUGCGUCCUUUCGACUAUGCUGAAUGGAAGCGUCGUCGUGAAGAGAUCGUGCUUACGGGGUCAUACGCCAAAUUUGCUCAAAACCAUGACAUGAUACAUCAUCUACUGGAGACGGGUACCCGCCUCCUUGCAGAAGCCAGCCCCUUCGAUCGUGUUUGGGGUAUCGGCAUGUCUGCAUGCUUUCCAGAUGCUAGCGAUUCAUCCAACCUCCUCUCCAUGGACAUCGACGCAUUCAUGAGGUUGCUACUGCUACAGGUUCUUCGCUACGGAAGGACCCGGGCGAAGACCCAGCUUGUCUACGUUUGGACGCUCCGGGGGACCAUGCUCCUGACGUUCAUCUGGUGGCAUCGACCUCCGCUUCUGCAGACCAGCCCCCUCUUCUCGAACAUGGGCCCGAUCUGGUCGGCGGGAGCUCGGGAAUUUCUUUGGGGCCGGAGCCUGCACUCGUUGAGGCUGCCCGCACAUAUGCACGACAUCGCUUUCGAUCUACACAAUCCGGGAUGGACACCGGAGGCUAUUGAUCGUUUGGCCGACACCCUUGUGGAAUAUUCUGACGUGUUUUCUACCGAUUUUGGUUUCUGCAACAUAAUGACGUUCACGCUUUCUGUCCCAGCAGGGACGAAGCCCGUUGCAUCACGCCCGUAUCGUAUCAACCCGUUGAUGCAAAAGAAAGUGGAUGCCGUUUUGGAUCAGUAUUUGGCGGCAGCGCUCAUUCAACAUUUCACAUCUCCAUGGGCUUCUCCUUUAGUUGUCAUCCCCAAGAAGGACGGAUCUGUUCGCAUCACCGUCAACUACAAACGUCUCAACGCUCUGGUGGAUUUGGAUGGACA